GAAUUUAAAAAGGUUGGAAAUAAAUGAAAGUCAUUGUUCUAAAAUGGAUCAAAAAAUCAUCAAUUCCCUUAUAUUAACUCAAUCAAAUACUUUAACAAAUUUUAAGCUUAAUGGAGAAAUUAAAUUUAUUAAUUUAAUACAAUUAUUGGAAAAUUGUAAAAAUUUAAGAUCAAUUCAUAUUUAUAAAUUAAAUAAGUAUGGAGAUAUACCGAAAGAUAUUAAUGGUUUAAUUAAAUCAUCUACAUCUUCACUUGAAAAAUUUUGCCAUUGGAAUCCUCAUUCAUUUUUUCAAUAUCAAACAAAUAAUGCUGAUUAUGAAAUUACUUUAACUUUAAGAAUGAUUUCAAAAAAUUUAAAAAAAUUUGCUUGCAAUUAUAUUUGUGAUGAUAUUUCUAAUACAGUAAAAAAUUAUUGUAUUAAUUUAUCUCAUUUAUGUUUAUUUAUUACUUAUGAUACUUUUGAAAAAAUUUCUAAUUUAUUACCUUUUAUGAAAAAUUUAUAUUAUCUAUAUUUAGAAUCUUCCAAAGUAGAUAUUGUUUUACUUAAACCAAAUAUGUUACAAUCAUUAUCU